AUGUAUUCAUCUGUAUCUAAACUUGAUCGAGAUAUUGCACGUUCAUUUUUAAAUUCUCCAUCAUAUCUACCAAUUCCAAUGAGAAAUCAAUCUACAGGUAAACAAGAAAAUUUCUUCGAUGAUAUUUUACCUCCACCUCAUCCAAAUGCACGACUUGGUUUUCCAACAAAUACAAAUAUUAUUCCAAUGUAUUAUGAUGUCAUUAUUGAUACAGUUACGGAUUAUGAUAUUUUUUAUCCAAUAGCUAAACAAACAAAAAAAUAUUAUUAUAAUUCAACUAAUGAUCAACAAACAAUUUCAGAUGAAAAUUUAAUCUAUCCACGUUAUCAAGUUCAACGACUUGAUGAACUUGCUGUUUCAAUGGAUUUUCCACAUGAUUAUGAAUCAACAGCAAAUUGGUCUGAUCAAAAAGUUCAAUAUGAACAUAUACAACCAAUAAAAAAUUAUUAUUUCUAUCCCGAAACAACAUCACAUGUAAACAAUGAACCAUCAUCUGUACGUUAUAUCACUACACCUUUCUUUUGGUUUCGUCCUGUUCUUGAUCAUAAUUAUACUGUUUGUAUACCAACUUCACGUCCAAGUCUUCAUGCUUAUAUAACAUCUUCAUUUGAUCCGAAAAUAAAUUCUAUUCCUUAUUCAAUUCGACUUUAA